AUGCUGAAUUUAUAUUUUGUGUUAAAGAUACUUAUGAAAAAGGGUUUUGAUAACAACACUAAUAAUUGUCAAACUACUGAUGUGAAUGAAGAUAGAAUUGAAAAUGCCAUCAAACAAUUUGACGAGAUAGAACAAAAAUGCGAAUCCUUCAAAGAUCUAAUAAUGUCUGAAGCCAAAUCUGCUGGACUUAAAGGUUCUCCAAAUUUUGAAAAGCUACUAGAAGAAUCUGCUUUUAGUAAGAAUGUCCCUAGAGGAGGAAGUGAGGAUUCAAGACCGCCGAAAACAACUUGA